AGCUGCGACGGGACGUCGGAAUAAACUCUAUUGCUCUACUUCUCGCUUCCGGUGUUUACUGUCAAAAUGGCUGAAGAAGAGGAAACACCGGCCGCAGAAGCCCCUGCGGAAGAGACUACUCCAGUACCAGAAGCCUCCACUGCUGAUGUUGAUGCCGCAGUCGAGCCCGCUGCUGACGUCGCAGUCGCUCCUGAAGCGGCUCCUGCAGAAGAAGAGCCGGCAGCAGAAACGGAAGCGCCGGCUACUGUUGAACCGGCCGCGGAAACAACAGAGCCCGCUCCGGCGGAUCCAGAGGCCGCGGAAGCGCCAGCAAGAGAUCCUGACUCACCACCAGCACCAGCAGAAGAUGCUGCAGGGGAUAGUACAACUGCAGUGGCCGCGGAGGAGCCAACUACAGAGCCGAUUCCGCAGAUAAUAGAAGAAGCUGACAGUGCGACAGCAGCAGCAGAGGAACCGGCGGUCACAGUAGAAGCUGGUGCUACGGCAGAACCGGAUGAGGUACAUGUCGUGAAUUCUACUUCUUACUCUCUGACUCGCACUCGAGUGGGUGAGUCGGCAUGUCUUUUUCUGCGUCGACGAAGCGCUUGGAGGUAUGGAAGGACAGCCAUUCCAUUGAUUCCCUCCUCGUUCUCGAAAUAAUCAUGUUGUGUCUUGCAAAAUAACCAGGCCGCGCCAGUAGCAGCGAGUGGCGAGGCCCCACCACCAGAACACGAAGAAGAGGAGGAGCCAGCCGCUGCGGAGCCAGUUAACCAGAGAAGAGAAUCAUCGUCAUCAGAUGGCGAGGACGGCAACGGCCACUUUCUCCGUAUUGAAUUCAUGUAUGUUUGACGCAAAAUACUAUAUUUGUCUGAUGCUAAGCCUAAGAACCCCUAGUACGACUCCUGCUUGUGCUCCUCCUAUGCACGGUCUCGCAAUUGUAAAUCAUCUUCCUCCCAACAGGAAACUUUGUCCGCGGUGUGAUUGCCGAUGAGAUAGCCAUGUUGAAGCGACCCGGGUCUAGUGGCAGCGGGAGCGCGGCGUCCGUUAUCAAAUGCAAAUAUGUCUGGGUCUGGAAGACUCCGAGAUUUGUCAUGCAGUUUUUCCAAGCUCCGCCAGCGCCAAGUCUGGAAUGCAGGGCCUAGCGUCACAGGUUCUGCAGCGCCUCGGUGAUGCCUAUUCUGCAUAAGAAAUGCCCCCUCAGCAUGGCCAGAAAUGGGGACCUUUUGCAAGUCAUGCAACACAGAUUUUUGUAUGAUCCGCAACACGCAUCACAAUUUCGCAUCCUUCCAGAGCCAGACACUUUUGCAUUUGAUAUCCGUGGGCAUCGACCCAAAUAGUAUGGACGAAAACUACCAGGACGAAGAGGCCGAGGAGCAGGAGGAAAUUGAACAAGACCAAGAGGAAGUCGAGGUAGGAGCGGAUGGCAAAAAAGGACCACCGGCAAAAAGAGCCAGUGCUGCGAAGGUAGAACUAGAAGAUGUGAUAUGUUAAAGAACUUUUUGUCAACACACCCAAACAAGCUGAUCCUCCGCGAAGUUGGUUGUGGGUUUAGUUGUUGCACCACACGAAUCGAUGUCAACAGAACAAACUCUUCACGACUGUCAUAUGUUCUCGAAUACAACAGGGCCAGGCGAAGAAGAAGGCCAAGAGUAAGGCCAAGGCAAAAGUGGACGCCAAGGGAAAAACCGGGGCCCGAACGUCUUCCAGUGCAAAAGCAGCGCCCGGCGAUCCCAAGGCAGCCGGGGAAGACGGCGAAGCGGGGGAUGGGACAGCUACUGGCGGGAAGGCCGGUGAAGGUGAGGGCGCCGCGGGCGCUCCGGCGCCAGCAUUUGAUAUCAAAAUGAAAAAUCCCCCUCCCCGUAUCAAAUUGGAAAUCUGUGAUGCAGGAUUUGUGUACACAAAUCAGCUCUGUCUUGCAGUAGAGGACUGCGCACAGUAGAUACAAGGCCUGAGCUGGGCCCUUUUGGUGUUGGCGCCUAGCAAGGGAGGCUUAUCCUCUGCACGCCAUACAGCAUUACAAAUUGCCCGCAGAACCCGGCGGAGUCUCUGGCUUUGCCUUCUUGCAAUACAGAGACGAUUUGCGUCCGAAAAUCAGCAAUACAAAUUUUCAGAAGUAGGUCUUUUUAGUAUUGGGAAGGGGGAUUUUUCCAUACGAUAUUUGACUUGGAAAAACUGCGGAAUGAAAUUCGCGAAAUAGUAAGGGAUAUCAAAUGCAAAAAUGUCUGGGUCUGCAAGAAUGCAGACUUGUCAUGCAUAUUUUCCACGCCCCAUGAGGUCUGGAAUGCAGGACCUAGCAUGACAGAUUCUGCGAAGUCUCUAUCAUGCCUACCCUGCAUGAGAGACUCCCGCUCAUAUUGGUCAAAAAAGCACAACUUUUGGCGAUCACGCAACACAGAUUUUUAUGUGACCCACAGGACGCAUCACAAGUUCCAUCCUCCCAGACCCAGACACAUUUGCAAUUCAUAUGGGACGUCUGGAAGGACGAGGUCACUGUAGAGAGCAAGAACGAGGUAUAAUUUCAUACUUGGGCUUUUUUUUUGAUGUCUCCUAAUUGAAUUUUUGCCUUGUUGCUUCUCCUGACGCAGCCUGUCAUUUUCCUCGUGCGUGGAAGAUGCAGUAAAUCGUAACAUAUCAGAAACAACUCCUGGACAUCCUCCGGCUCCGUGACAACGAAGUGAUCAGAGCACACGAGAAAGUCGCCGAACUCACCGGGUUGUUGCUCGCUGCCGAUAAGACCCUCGAGGCCAUGAAGGACCAAGUGAAGGAAGCAGAGAGGGAAAAGGACGAGGUAUUGCUGCAUUUUCACUUCUCGUGUGCAACUAGAUACCAUGCUCAUUCAUCAUUGCAAUGCGCAGGAAAAAACUUGAAUACCGUGUAUGUAAGCUGUAGGUAAAUUCGCUCAAACUCCAGCUCCAUGACCGCAUGGUCGCCGCCCGCGUGACGGAGCAAAAGGCCAACACCAUCGUCGACGCCAAUACCAAGCGAUCGAACGACUUGGCGCGAGAUUUGGAAUAUCCCACAGAAAAAAGCUGGCAGGGCAUAUAAUUUGUAAUGCAAAAAUAAAUACACAGAAAAAUAUGUUAUGGGCGGCCUCAUAGCAUGCUACUUACUUAGGAUAUGCAAUGCAAAUACUUUUGUCUACUUAUUUUUGCAUUACAAAAAUGACCUGCCAGCUUUUUUCUGUGUGAUAUGGAACUUGAAAAGAAGAGAAGACAGGACGAGCGGGUGAAAUUGGAGAGUAUGGUGGAACAAGCGAAAGAGGACCAUCGUGUCGAGGUGAGAAAGAGCAUUUUGAUUUUGAUUUUGUAUUGCAAAUAAACAAUCUACGAGUACUUAAUGAUGUGUCUGGCCGCGCAUUUUUGCAUUGUUCAGAAUCAGAUUCUCUGACGCAUAAGGAUGAAAGCGUGUCCUAGUCCUUCAACGUGUACUAUGAAAAGAACUACAAAGACAACCAAAACCACGAUCCUGCAGGUGAUGGCCUACCGGCGCGCCCUGUCCACGGAAGAAGCCAAGGUCGUCACGCUGCAGCGCGAAUCGAAGGAGGUCCGCGAGAGACUCGCCGAAGUGCAGGCGGCCAAGCCCGGUAUGGGCUCUAGCUCGGGUCUCCUCGGCAUGACCGGGUCCAGUAAAUUCUUUUCUGGCAGCUCCGCCGCUAGCACGGCCCGCCACAAAACCAAGAAGGGGGGUAAGGGACAGAUGAAAUCGAUCGAAAACAUCUACACGCCCUUGAGCACCGGCUCGCUCCCGAAAAUCAGCAACAACAGCGGGUAUGGCCGGUUCUAGCGCGGGAGUGCUGGUGUUGGUGUUGUCGCGAUGAAACGAUGAAAAGUUUUUGAUGAAAAUGUCAAGGCUUACAACUUGUCAAAAUUCUUGUUUGUUUGUUUGUAGAUAUGCGGUAAGGUGGAAACGCGAUUACUCACCUUUUUUCUUUAGCGCUAUUUCAAUAAAAAUCCCUCUACCCAAAGAAGCUUGAAAAAAUACUGAGUGACUGCUACCGGUAGUGCUAGUGUGCAACUGCUUUAAAAAUAAAAACGGCCUGUUGGAAAAAGAUACUACUGCCCAUACCCAUCUGUCGUUGAAAAAAGGCGCAGCUGACUGCAGGUUGAACCAGUCCUGCCGUGCUUAGGGAGAUCGCGACACUUUGGUCGCUUUUUAACCUUUUGAUCACUCUAAAAAUUUAAAUGCGAAGUAGAAGCUUUCUGCUAAGUGUGUAAAGUCAAGAUCAGAGCCUUUGUCAAAAUUCUUCAAAGCUUACGAAUGAAUCUUUUAGCAGAUUAUCACAUUCAGUCUCAGUUUAGCAGUUUAGCAAAGAUGAAAUCACAGGAAGAGAAAAAG